GUUGGUGGGUCAGUAAAACAGAAUCAGUUUUAUUUCUCUCUUAUCUAUGAAGAAGGAGAAGAAACUGAAGGUGGCUGCUUAUACAGGAAGUCUAAUAAGAAAUUACAUUCAGUUCCUGGUUACCCACAAUGCUUUUUGGCCAGUGGAGUGGUCAACUUCUUCCUGGCCCGUACAGAUGCUGUACAGAGGGUGGGUUUUGACCCUAAGCUACAGCGGAUAGCACAUUCAGAGUUCUUUAUGGAUGGCCUGGGCUAUUUACUUGUUGCCACUUGUGGUGAUGUAUCCAUUGACCAUCAACAUGUAGCCAGAAGUGCUCGUUAUCGCAAGUUCAGAAAUCCUAGAAAGGAUGACUCAGAAUUCAAAUUGCAGCUUCAUUUCUUCAAAAACCACCUUAAGUGCAUCAAAUAUGGAUAGAAGACCUUAAGAGAACAUCGGUGAACUGGUUGUAGUUAUAUACUGCACUUUAUUUUACUCAGAGCAAUGUUUUCAUAGAUAUUGCUUUGCCUGUAAUUGUUAAUGUUUCUCAUAAUACAUUCUACUAUACUGUAUGCUAUAAUAAGAAGAAUUCAAAUUGGAUGUUUCCAAAUAUUCCGAAUAAAACCAAAGUCAAUAAAUGUUAUGUUGUUGAUGAAAUAAGGACUUUGAAGUUUGGAAGUCACCAUAGCAUUUAUGCUAGAACAAGUUAUUGGUUACUCAUUAAGUUAUUAUAAUAACAACUUGGAUCAGGGCUCUGAAAACGUAACAUAAGAAUCAAUAAUUCCCCAAAGAGUGAACAAGACCAAACAAUGCAAAAAACAUAGUACAAAACAAACUUAAAACACUGGGUCAAAGCCCAAGACCAUGAAAGAUUCAGGACUAG